AAGUUCUGACGAUACAACCAUUUAAAUAUCAACAGAAUGACAAACUGUUAUGAAGUGAUACAAGGCAGAUUCAGGGAGUGUUGUUCAGGAUACAAAUGGGAUGAAAAUUUUAAAAACUGCACAAAAUGUAUCCCUGGAUAUUUUGGUGUAAACUGUGCGCAGUCAUGUAAAUAUCCUAGUUUUGGAGACGGAUGUCAACAAGAGUGUAAAUGUCGGGAGGAGGAGUGUAGUGUGGCUUGGGGAUGUACAGAGAAAAUAACUACCCAGCUUUACACAACAAAACAGACCACAAUGAAAUUCGGGAUGUCAACAGAAAACGGGAUUUUCGUAUCCAUCAUCACAGAAAAAGGGGUAGUAAAUCACACUUCCGGUGAAAGUGUCAUGCCAAAAGCCACCAUCAAGUCUUCUGACACUUUAUUUACCACUCGGAACUUAUUGAUGAUGGGUAUAUUUGGAGUGGGAUUAAUUUUGGUAACUCUUUUCGUUGUAUUCACGUGUAAAUUCAUUUGCAAGAAGUUAUCGUCAAAACGACGCUUACGGUUAAAAACAAAUGCAAGUUGUCCGAUCAGUGUCCAAGAAGAAAUCCAUUAUGAAGAAAUAUCUAACAUUUCACCUUUACCAAAUACAAGAUCUAGUUAUUCUCCUCUUGAACAAAAUGAAUCAGAAGGCCAGAAUAAAAUCAUUAGUAUGCAAGAUUCAAAACCCCUUCUAGAAAAUCAAUUAGAAGAAUUUGAAAUGGAGAUUGCAAAAGAGGACUACGAAAACACAAUAAACUCUGCAGUCCCUGAUCCGCAGAAUCAACAGGUACCCCUUACAGUCUCCGGAUUAACAGAUUUGGAAGGAUAUCAGCUACCACACUCAACCUCCUUUGAGGGGGCAAACGGUUCUAUGGAAGGAGAUCAUCGAGUAAUGGAGGAAACUCAUUGCAAUGAAAUAAAUGACUAUUUGACAGUGAUUCCUCAUAAUAUCCAACAAUAAUAGUCUGAUCAUAAAGUGAUUUUUUACCAAAUCUUUCCAAAAACCUCAACCGAACAGACUGGAUUCUUACUCUUUCACUCCAACAAAUGUCCUUCAUAUUGUACAAAUUAAUUCAAUGGAUCACAUCAAACAGUAUAUAAAUGUUAUUUUUCCGAAUCAAAAUUUCUAUAUUCAUGAUUACUAUAGUUCUAUUCCGAAA